AUGAGGCUCACGGCGGAGCUCAUCAAGGGCUCGCUAUCCUACCUGAACCCGCUCAAGGAGCGGGAGCUUGAUCUCCGAGGACAUCGAAUCCCGGCGAUUGAGAACCUGGGUGUUGCAGGCCCUCAUGAUUCCAUCGACUUCACCGACAACGACAUCCAGGUGCUGGGCAACUUCCCGCUGUCGCCGCGCGUGCAGACGCUGCUGCUGGCGCACAACCGCGUGUCGAGCAUACAGCCCGCGCUGCCGAAUGCGAUCCCGAACCUGACGCAACUCGUGCUGGCGUCGAACCAGGUGGCCGAGCUUGCGGACCUCGACGUGCUGGCGGGCUUCAAGCGAUUGACGCACCUGGUGUUGGUGGAUAACCCCGUAACCAAGAAGGAGAACUACCGGUACUGGGUCGUUUGGCGAUGCCCCUCGGUGCGGUUCCUGGAUUACCAAAAGGUGAAGGAGGCGGAGCGGGAGAAGGCGAGGGAGCUGUUUGGCACGGCGGAGGAGCCCACAGCCGAGGCGUCCAAGAUCAUGGGCAUCAAAUCAAAGCAGCUCGACCUCGCCGCCUCGAACGGCGCGGCCGGCGGCGGCGCUACCUCCAAGCUCUCGCGGAUAAAGCUUACGGACAAGGAGAAGGAGCGGUUGAAGGAGAUGAUCAGGAAGGCCGACAGCUUGCAGGAGAUUAUCCGGUUGGAGAAAAUGCUGACGGAAGGCACGAUCCCGGCGGGCGUGCAUCUGGACGGGGACGCCACCAUGGAGGACUGA